AUGUCCACCCCGACGCUACAGGACAUACAGAUUGAAAUCGGCUUUAACAAAAUGAAGUCAAGACGUGUCGUUGUAUGAAGUUCUUUAUAACUUUGUUCAAUGUUAUUUGCAUUUUAUUCGGUUUGAUCCUGAUGGCAAUAUGUGUGAUCAACAUGAGGGAUAAGAAGUCUCAGCCGGAGCAGCAGUCAGCUCUGUCGCGAGGAGUGUUGUCCUUCCUCCUGACUCUUGGAAUAGCGCUGGUGGUGACUGCUGUCCUGGGCUGCGUCGGUGCCUUGAGGGAACACGUACGGAUUCUUUAUGUGCACGCAGGUUUCUUCAUAUUCCUGGUAGCUGUGGAGCUGGUGGUGGGCGUGGGAGGGGCAGUGCUUAGUGCGUGGAUGGGGGGAAGCAGUGAGCUGCGGGUGCAGUUCUAUAGGAACACUACUGUGGAGGACGAAACUGCGAGGUACCACGCCUUCUGGGACGAUCUGCAGUCUGAUAAUCAAUGCUGCGGUGUCGACGGCCCUCAAGACUAUGCUAUCAUCCACCGAGACAUACCAGCCUCCUGCUGCGCCCGCGCACAUCCCCUACGCGAGGGUGGCGCCAGACGUCAUUUGCACGCGAGCUGUCUCACCGACCGGACGUAUUACAUGCGCGGCUGCGAGGAAGUGCUUCGACAGAAAAAGGCUUUUAAAGGCAACAUCUUUAUCUCAACUGGCAUCAUAUUCACUUUGGUAGAGAUUUUGUGCAUCGUUUUGGCUUUGUGGAUGGCUCGCACGAUACGGUCUGAAAGGCGUAAGCUUCAGGCUAAUUUACAGGCGCAUUUUGAAUCUUAA